AUGUGUUACAAAGUCGUCGAACGCUAUUCCGUCUGCAAAUGUCUCUACUUUGAACACUCGAUCGAUCCAUGCUCUGCUUAUGGACAGCGCGGCCAUACAGUACAGGAAAAGACCGUCCUAGUUGGGUAUGCCUGUGACAGACACUCGGGACGCGGGUUAUAUGCUGUUUCGCCUGGUGCGAGGCGGUGGUCUGAUUCUGGGUAUGGGAGUCUGGAUUUGAGUGGGAGUGAGGAUGAAUGUGAGAGUGAGAACGCGUAUAUGGCUGUGCCAUUAUGA